AUGGGAACACGUAUCUGGGGGAACGCGACGCCGGGGGAACGCGACGCCGGGGGAACGCGACGCCGGGGGAACGCGACGCCGGGGGAACGCGACUCCGGGGGAACGCGACUCCGGGGGAACGCGACUCCGGGGGAACGCGACUCCGGGGGAACGCGACUCCGGGGGAACGCGACUCCGGGGGAACGCGACUCCGGGGGAACGCGACUCCGGGGGAACGCGACUCCGGGGGAACGCGACUCCGGGGGAACGCGACUCCGAGGGAACGCGACUCCGAGGGAACGCGACUCCCAAGGAACGCGACUCCCAAGGAACGCGACUCCCAAGGAACGCGACUCCCAAGGAACGCGACUCCCAAGGAACGCGACUCCCAAGGAACGCGACUCCCAAGGAACGCGACUCCCAAGGAACGCGACUCCCAAGGAACGCGACUCCCAAGGAACGCGACUCCCAAGGAACGCGACUCCCAAGGAACGCGACUCCCAAGGAACGCGACUCCCAAGGAACGCGACUCCCAAGGAACGCGACUCCCAAGGAACGCGACUCCCAAGGAACGCGACUCCCAAGGAACGCGACUCCCAAGGAACGCGACUCCCAAGGAACGCGACUGUGCUCUGA